GGUUGGAGCUUAUCUCGAGGAACACUACUAAGAAAUAUAGUAUUCCCUUCAAUAAUUGAUGCAAUUGCAUUGGAUCCUGCUGAACACGUCUUUUAUGCUGGCAGUAGAGAUGGAAAAAUAUUUAUUGCCGCACUUAACACUGAAAAGAUCUUUAGUCAUAAUCAUGAGAUGCAUAUCCUCGGUUCAUUCUCUAAUCACAGCAAAGCAGUUACUUGCUUAACAUAUAGUGCAAGUGAGAAUUUGUUAAUCUCUGGAUCAGAAGACGGAAUGGUUCGGGUUUGGAAUGCAAAAACACAUAAUUUUGUCCGCAUGUUCAAACAUGCAAAAGGGCCUGUGAAUAAUAUUGUCGUUGUUAGAAAAGAGCUUGACUCAAGCAAGCAUAUGUCUUCAACUUUACAAUCGGGCUCAAGAAAGCAGGGAUCUUUAGUACCACCUCCAUUGGAGAAAUACACAAAUGAAGAUUCAGAAGUUCAGACCAUUGUUAGCCUUCACGAUGACAGGAGCGAUACGGAUGUUUCAUACAUGUCUUGUCGGGCCAUAUUUAAUCAAAUCAAGGAAUUUCAGAAUCGGGGCUCCUCUGCCUCUGAAAUGGAGAUGGAGAGGCUAAAAGCAGAUCACAAGAGGUCCGCCCAGAUGGUUGACCGAUUUAAGAAAAUGUAUGAAGAUUUGCAAGACUUCUAUGAGGACGACUUCCUGAGAAGUGGUCAAACAAAACCUGGCAACUAGAUCGCUUUAUUUUCUUGCUUGCCCUGCUCAAAUUUACCCUUCCGAAGUAGUUUUUUUUUUUUUUUUAAUGAGAAGUAUAAAUUUUAACCCU